UCGGAUCAUUCCAAUGUCCAAACUCAAACCUCAGUGACUGCCACCAACUUGUGGCCAUUUUAAGCGACUCAAGCACGACUUGUACUCACGCAAAAUGGAAGAACUCAGCCUCCUUAUUCUCGGCGCAGGCUGGACCGCUACUUUUCUCAUUCCGCUGCUCCAAUCGCGCAAGAUCCCAUUCGCGGCGACAACCACGACGGGCCACCCGGUUGCCGGCGUGCCCACGAUCCUUUUCAAAUUCGAGCCGUCCGUACCUGAGGACGAAAUACGAUCCGCCAUCGCCACUCUGCCCCGAGCGCGCUACAUCCUCAUCACAUUUCCAAUAGUCGGUACCGGCCCAAGCAAGGUCCUGGUGUCCGCCUACUCCGAAACACACCGCACCGCCACAGCGACAACCGACGACAAUACUGAUACAUUCCGCUUCAUCCAGCUCGGAAGCACAGGCAUCUGGCAGCAACAAUCCUCCGACCCGCAAUCCUUUUCCACCCCAACCCAUCCUACCUCUACUUGGCUAACCCGCCACUCCCCGCUCAUUACGCCAACCCCGCGCUCCGCCGCAGAGGACGAGCUCCUCUCCCUGGGGGGGUGCGUGCUCAACCUCUCCGGCCUCUGGGGCGGCAGUCGCACGGUGCGGAACUGGGCGAAGCGGGUCGCGCCCACCAAGGAGGCUGUGCGGACCAAGAAGAGCCUGCACCUGAUCCACGGCGCCGAUAUUGCGCGGGUGGUUGUUGCGAUCCUGAACGGCGGGGACGAGAUGUGGGAGCGCUCGGGCAGGGGCCAGAGGUGGAUGGUAACGGACGGGUUUGUGUACGAUUGGUGGGCUUUGCUGGUUGGCUGGGCGGAUACGGGGGAUAAGGGGGUGGUUAGUGAGCAGGCGGGGUGGGUGUUUGAGUUGAUGCGGGAGGAGGGCGUGAGGGGAUUGCCGAGGGCGAUGGAGGUGUUGGGACGGUGUUAUGAUACGAGGGAGUUUUGGGAGGCGUUUGGGUUGGUGCCGUCCAAGGGGAGGGUGUAUUGAUCUGUGCUGAGAUUCUUGUGAGUCUCAGCCCAGAAAAAAGAUGCGUCCAAGCAGCUGUAUCCAUGCAAAAGGGUCAAGGACCAUGGAACUCGGUGACGAUGGACUUCAUCACCAAGCUACCGCUCUCGAUGGACAUAGCGAUAGGAGUGAAAUACGACAGCAUACUCACUGUGGUCGACCGACUCACCAAGUGGGUAUAUUUCAUCCAGUACAAA